CAACAAGGACUAUGGUCCCAUUAUUUCCCAAAGAGAAACUUCCUAAACCAUAAAAUCACUAAAAACAAUGAAGAAGUAUUCUUCUUUAGAAAAACUUCCACUUAUCUUCUCCUUCUUUAGUCCACUGUUCCACUAAACCCACCAAAACGACGACGUUCAAAUGCUUCGUUCUCUCACUUCCAAACGCUCUCUCCAAUCCCUUCUUCUUCACCACCACCACCCUCUCCGCCGUCCUAAUCCCCAACUCACCCCUUUCAAUCCCCGCCCCUUCUCUUCUACACCGGGUCCCACCACAUCCGAAUCCGAACUCCGUAAAUACAUCGGCUACACACUUCUCCUCUUAGGGUGUGGUGCCGCCACAUACUAUUCCUUCCCUUUCCCCGAAAACGCCAAGAACAAAAAAGCUCAGCUAUUCCGCUACGCUCCGUUACCUGAUGAUCUUCACACGGUCUCCAAUUGGAGCGGGACCCACGAGGUGCAGACCCGGACUUUCUUGCAACCCGAGUCGAUUGAAGAGCUCGAAGGGAUAGUGAAGGCUGCGAAUGAGAAGAAGCAGAGGAUCCGGCCUGUCGGGUCGGGUUUGUCGCCCAAUGGGAUCGGGUUGACCCGAGCUGGGAUGGUGAAUUUGGCCUUAAUGGAUAAGGUUUUGAAUGUGGAUGAGGAGAAGAAAACGGUUACUGUUCAAGCUGGGAUAAGGGUUCAGCAGCUUGUGGAUGCUAUUAAGGAGUAUGGGAUUACUCUUCAGAACUUUGCAUCUAUAAGAGAACAGCAAAUCGGUGGCAUUGUCCAGGUUGGUGCCCAUGGCACUGGUGCCAAGUUGCCUCCAAUUGAUGAGCAAGUCAUAAGCAUGAAAUUGGUUACCCCUGCCAAAGGCACAAUAGAAAUUUCAAAAGAGAAAGAUCCAGAACUCUUUUAUCUAGCUCGAUGUGGACUUGGGGGCCUUGGUGUGGUCGCGGAAGUCACUCUUCAGUGUGUUGAGAGGCAGGAACUUGUAGAACAUACUUUCCUAUCUAACAUGAAAGAUAUCAAGAAAAAUCACAA